AUGGCAAAAGCAAUUGCUAGUGCUCUUCCGAAUACGCUUCACAGGUAUUGCAUGUGGCACAUCACAAAUAAGUUUUCCAAAAGAUUAAGUGCAUUAGCCUACAAAGAACAUUAUGACGAAUUCAAGAAUUGUAUAUGGAAUUCCGAGACUCCUGAACAGUUCGAGGCUGGAUGGGUAGAGGUUGUAAAGAAAUUUAACUUAUCUGGCAAUGAUUGGUUACAAAACUUAUACGAAAUUCGUGAGAGAUGGAUUCCCACAUACGUGAAACACAUUUUUUCUGCUCACAUGACUAGUAGUCAAAGAGCCAAAAUUACUCAUUCAUUCUUCAAAAGGUAUGUGUGUAAAGAAAAUUCAUUGUUGGACUUUGUGACACAGUUUGAAAGGGCACUUGCACAUCUACGGCAUAAUGAGUUGGAUAAGGAUCAUAAAGAUGUCAAUGAGAGGCCAAACUUGAAAACUAUGUACCCCAUGGAGUCGACGAUGAGUGAAUUGUAUACAAUUGAGAUAUUUUACAUGUUUCAAGAAGAGCUGUUUCAAAAUACUGCUUAUAAGGAGAUGGCAACAAAUGAGGACGAACAUUGGGUUGUGUACGCCGUUCAUAGGAUAAAGGGGAGUGGUUCGAGGGUUCGUGAGGUUGUGGUAGAUAAGUUGUCAAACCAUGUCAGUUGUAGUUGCAAGAUGUUUGAUUGUGCCGGAAUUCCUUGUUGGCACAUGUUGGCUUACUUUUGUAGAAUGCAAAUGGAAGAUUUGCCUAAUGAAUACAUCUUGCGGAAGUGGACAAAAUCAACGAAGGCGAUGCGAGUUAAAGAUGACUUGGGUUCGGGCAUGAAAGAAAUAUGUGACACGCCUUUGUUAGAGCGGCGAAAUAGACUCUUCCAACUUGCUUCUAUUUUAAUUGAUGAGGCCAUGAUAACUGAGGACGGAAUAGAAUUUGUGGAAGAACUUUUGAGUUCGGGUCAUAAGCAGCUGUGUGACAUGAAAAACUCUUCACAAAAUGCUAGGUUGAAUGACGAAGACGAAGACAACGACGAUGGCAUUGACUAUGCCGAUGCCGAUGAUUUUGGGACGACUACUGAUGUUUCAAAUGGAGCCCAACUCUAA